GCUGUUGGAUCAGAUAGAAAUAUCUCCGAAGUUGUUCUUGAUCAUCGAGCAAACUUUCUUUAUUCUUUAGUUAGGAUGUAUCACGGUAAUUUCAACGUUAUAUAUGAGCAUACCAUCGCAGAUUGUAAUCAAACUAAAUUUUCGGAUAAAGUGUACAACAUAAUGGAAAGCUACUUGCCACUAUUGCAGUAUAAUGGAAACAUUUUCCAAAAUGUGUCCAGUUUGAAAAUACCUAAAAGCGCUAGUACACUUUACUUGGAAUCUACGCAAAUUUUACAAAGCUUUCAACAAGCAAAAGGAGUAUUAGGAGGUGCUAUUCUCUAUCAUAAUAAAGUUGUUGCAAGUCAACUAUCUGACAGUUUAACAAAAAUAUUCACGGUGUCUGACCUGUACCGUACUAAAUCUUCAGAGCACAUCGCAGCGAACUAUCACAUUCCUAUCGGUGUUACCCUUAUAAAUGCAUACAUUCCUACAGCUGACUAUAACGAUCUUGUUCGAAAAUCAAAUCAAUCGUUUAAUUUAUUUGCUGUUACAACUACGAAAGAUACCAUUCCGUUUCAACAGCGUAAAAAGUCAUUUUCAAGAGAUGCACAUUCCAUGAUGAAACGUGAUAAAUCAUUAAUAUUUACUAACAUACCAGAGGAGGACACAGACGAUGGAUCAGAGUUGUUUAAACCAGUGAAUCAAAAUAAAAAUAAUUUCAGUAGACCGACGCACUUACCACUGAUAUUUAAGAAUCAGACAUCAUUGGAAGCAACGGAACCUGGAUUUAACUCGAUAAAUUUCGACGAAUCUGACAGUUUUCCAAACUUUAUUGGCAAAACCAGUGUAUGCUCAACGCCUAUGACGGAGAAUAAGCUACUACCGCACGGCAAUGUGCUGUCAAUCUGCGCACUCAGCGAAGAUAUAGAUGCAACUGACAAACCAACAUUUACAAUGGACCAAGUAUACAAAGAAUAUAUAGGACUAACUGAAGCGGAAUCAAACUCACUAUCUGUAGAGAAUAAAACAAAUGUCGAAUUGGUCAACUAUUUCACUAAUUCCAUCAGCAAUCCUUAUAAUUCUGGGUGGACAAGGGCUUCUUUUCCAAACAUCAACGACCUUAUUGAUACAACUGAAGACGAUGGUUGUGAAUCUUCUGAAAAUAUUGGAAAAGGAAAAGCAAUUCCCAGGCUUAGAAAUCUGAGACAUGUAGAAUUUUGUAAAACUUUGGCAGAUCCGAGUUAUCCUAUCUUUAAUGCUAAUGGCAUUUUGAUGUCAAUCAGUCUGUUUAAAGAAUUUCUCGAACUACACUACAAUGAAUUACAGAAGUCUGUCAAAGCUGCACCACUGUCAACUGUCCGCUGUUCAGUUAAAGUAGCCGAUCAUUCGAAAAAAAGUCUAAAAGAUGAACAAAAUAACGAUUACACCGUAAUUCAAAAUUCAAGAAAUACUAAGAAAAAAAGACGGGAACUCAAUUUACCUCUGAAAUCUUUGAAUAUUGACGUGAAGAACACUGAAGUAUCGCAAUCUAGUAAUAUAUUUGAUUCACCUAGUCGCCGCAAAAAACUGUCGGGAUUGCAACUAACCCCUUUGAUGUCAAAGCUUACAUUACUGGCUAUGAAUGAUCAACAGUCUAGUGGAUUUUCUAGUUGGGAUACGACACCAGGAGGCAGUUAUAAUAAUUCACUAACUCCACUAGACUAUCAACCGAAGCGGAGGAAAUCGAUAUCAUUUCCAUUUAAUGCAGCUUCUAAAGAUGAUACUUCGGAUGGAGAAGUCACAAAACUCACAAAAGUAGAUCUUUUCAUUUGCGUGCAACAAAACAUGACACUUGUGUUAAUCCUACAAGAGAGGAGUUGCGAAAAAGAGGAAAUGAUUCAUUCAUUGUUUGAAACCUGUGUCUCGAAAUUAACAAGGAUAGAAAACAGUUUACACCAAGCCAUGAGCAUAAAUGUGGAAGGCUGUGAUAAAGGAGAUAGUGGAUAUAGUUUUAUAUGUCUCGACUCCAAAUGGGAUGUCAAUAAUAGAUGUGGUCCAUGGAAUCCCAAAGAUCUUUUGACGUUGAAUUCAUUACACAAUAAUUUCCACUAUAAUCGGAAGCUGGUUGAGCUUACUUUAAGGCUCGAAUACUUCAGGUUUCCCACGGUAGUGUAACAACACUCUAUAAACUCGUAAGCUUUACCAAGCAACUUGUAUGAAAUCUUCAGUAGAAAAUCAUAUAAGCCCGAAAUAAGCCACCACCAUCCACACAACACAACGCAACAACCUGUGCAAAUUAAAUCAAUUUCACCCGCACUGCCGCUUGUAAGACGAAAACAAACCAAAGAUCACACGCCAGUGAAUACACGCCAGUGAAUACACCACAGCGACUCUGUGGCGCGCGCGGUGGCGAAUUUAUUUGAGCGCGCCACAGAGAAUUUCAAGAGCUCUUCUCCACACUCUAGAUCGUUCCAGUAGGCGCGUCCUUAAAUCCACCAGAAACUCAUCGGUAUCUUGAUGACUUUUUGUUGCGGGAGAGUAAAGCGACGCGCUGUGACACCAGUGCGCAACUUGUUUAUGUUGCGCGAGAGUAAUAAAAUAGCUCAACAAUCCAUCGUACGGUGACGGCUGAUGCUUUGCUCAACAAAACGAGAGCAGUGCGGUGGGAGAUUAUUAACGCACACACACGUCAGCUGUUUGGGUAUGCGAAAGUGUUGGUUUGGUAAAAAAAAUCGCUUCCAUGAUCUGCACCACUGCAAUGCAAAUCGAAAGGGCUUCAGUUCAGCCCGUUCAGCCAGAUUAUUAAAAUUUAAUAUUUUCGUUUCGACGCAGUAAUAGCAGUACAGAUUCUACCAUCAAAAAUUUUUAGCCCCAACACCGAGUUCCAACCAUUUAUCAAGCGAAAUAGGAGGCAACUUUGUAGAUCCCAAGAUGCGGUAAUGUAUGCUUAUCGAUGCGGAAGAUCCGAAAUUUACUACCAAAAAUCAUCUAUUGUACUUCCUGGUUUGCCGCCACCUCAAGACGCCAUGGGCACUGUCUCACUUUGUGCCAAACGAAGACUUGAACGUGAUCAUAGAAUUUUACUACUUUGAAUGUGCAUAUAAUUAAUUGUAAUCAUAGACUAUA